CAACAUCAUUCAAUAUUCUUCUAAUGUCAAAAUGCAAUUCUUGAUUCACAAUUUAAUAGAAGUGAUUAUUUUAUUCCCACUCUGUUUCAACAAGACUAUUUACAGAGAGAAGAAUAAGAAUGUUCCAUUUACUGUUAAAAGCAUUCGAUGUGGACUAGAAAUGGUCUAUAAAACCAUAAAUGUCGAAAAUUCCAAAAUCCAAGAACCCUGUUCCUUGUUAAACGUUAUUACUAUUGACCCACAAAAGCUUUCUAUUGUUUGAUUGUGUUUUUUUCUUCAUAUUGUUGGAUUUUUGGUGGUUAUGUGAAAAUGGGUUCGUCGGAAAUGGAUAAAGGUUUAAACUUUGGUGAUGAAGAUGAAGUGGAAGAGAGGAAAUCUGAAAUGGGUAUUGAGAAUAAGGAAUCGAAGAAAUCUGAAAUGGGUAUUGAGAAUAGAAAUAAGAAGACAAAGAGAAAAAGGUUUUUUAUUUUCCCUAAGUUCUCGUGUAUGAGAUUGGAUGAUGAAUUUCCUGUUGUUGAGACACCUGCUUAUGAAGGUGGAUUCGAUGUGGAGGCUAGCCAAAAGGGUCCGGGUCAUGCUCCUAAUCACUUAGUUGUCAUGGUUAAUGGUAUUAUUGGCAGUGUAGAUGAUUGGAAGUAUGCUGCUGAACAAUUUGUGAAGGCCUAUCCACACGAUAUCAUUGUUUAUCGCAGUCGAUCUAAUUAUUCAAAGCUGACAUUCGAUGGUGUUGACGUAAUGGGGACAAGACUAGCUGAAGAGGUACAAUCUGUUGUAAAACGUACUCCACGUCUACAGAAGAUUUCCUUUAUUGGUCACUCCCUAGGUGGCCUGGUAUGUAGAUAUGCAAUUGCAAAGCUAUAUGAACAAAGUUCUGCAAGAAUAGCUUGUGGACAAGAUAUGGAAUGUAGUCUUAAUGGGUCCACUGAUUUGUGUGCGGAAGAGGUAUCAAAAAGAAAAAUUGCUGGGCUGGAACCUGUGAACUUUAUAACCUUUGCUACACCACAUCUCGGUUGUAGGGGACACAAACAGGCUCCAGCAUUCUGUGGGCUAUACUCUGUUGAAAAGGUUGCAGCAAAUUCCUCAUGGUUACUUGGAAGAAGCGGAAGGCAUCUCUUUUUGAAAGAUCAUGAUGAAGGGAAACCUCCUCUCCUUCUUCAGAUGGCCAGUGAUUCCGAAGAUCUGCCAUUUAUAUCUGCUUUGCAGUCAUUUAAGCGUCGUGUGGCCUAUGCAAAUACAAGUUUUGACUAUCUUGUUGGAUGGAGUACAUCAUCUUUGCGGCGCAGAAGUGAGCUUCCAAAGCAUCGAAACAUGAAAAAAGUGGAUAAAUACCCACAUAUUGUAAACGUAGAUGAGGCAACAAGUGUUAGUUCUGCAGAAGAAACUCCUACUAUGGCCAAUAUAAACGUACACAACUCUCAAGAAAUGGAAGAGGCUAUGAUCAGAGGUUUAACAAAGUUGAGCUGGGAACGCGUUGAUGUUAGCUUCAAAGGAAGUAUACAGAGAUUCCUCGCCCAUACAGCAAUUCAGGUGCAGUCCUAUAACAUGAAUUCCGAUGCAGUUGAUGUUAUACAACACAUGAUUGACAAUUUCACGUUAUAGACGUAGGGAAGUUCUUGUGUUCGCUGGAGGCCUGUGCAAUUUACAGCGCCUGCUACAUAAAUUGUAGAGGAUACAUGCAUACUAAUUCAAGAUAGAUGACAAGUCACCAGGUGAUUCUUCCCAUUUGGCCUAGCCUUGGUUGACAAAGCUACCUGGUACCUUUGCUCGUGGAAGGGGGAGCAAGCUGGCUCAGACACCACGGUCAUAAAAAAGAAGAAGAUAGAAAUGAUAAGUCAAAAGUUCAAGUUAAAGUGUAUUACAGUUACUAGACCAUAUAUAGUGCAUUCAUUUGUAAAGUUUUUAGCUUCCCACUUGGAUAUGUAGCUAAUACAGCUUGUAUCUCUUCAAAUGUAAUGACAAGUACUCUCUUG